AUGUUGGCAUUUUGGUGCUCAUCUCUCUGUUUUUGCUGUUUGCAGGUUCUGUCAUCCGUGAUGGCAUCAGCUCUACCCAGAACCCUUGGGGAAUUGCAGCUGUAUCGAAUACUACAAAAAGCAAAUCUGUUAUUCUACUUUGAUGCCUUCAUUCAGCAGGGUGGUGAUGAUGUCCAGCAGCUUUGUGAAGCAGGUGAAGAAGAGUUUUUGGAGAUAAUGGCUCUUGUAGGCAUGGCUAGCAAGCCGCUUCAUGUCCGAAGGCUGCAGAAGGCCUUGAGGGACUGGGUCACAAACCCUGGUCUUUUUAACCAGCCUCUCACCUCCUUACCAGUCAGCAGCAUUCCAAUAUAUAAGCUGCCGGAAGGGUCUCCAGCAUGGCUGGGGAUAUCCUGCAGCAGUUAUGAAAGGAACAGCAGCACCCGAGAGCCUCACCUGAAGAUUCCAAAAUGUGCUGCCACGACGUGUGUGCAAAGUGUGGGUGCAAGCAAAUCCGACGUGGGGAGCUUAUCGCUGCAGAGCGGCAGUGAGCCGAGGCUCUGGCAAGGACACCACACCACAGAGAGUGAACACAGUCUUUCCCCAGCUGACCUUGGCUCUCCAGCUUCACCAAAGGAAAACAGUGAGACCCUGGAUGCCGCCGCUGCUCUGUCAGUCGCUGAAUGCGUAGAACGUAUGGUUCCCUCCCUGCCCAAAAGUGACUUGAACGAAGUCAAGGAGUUACUGAAAACAAAUAAGAAACUGGCAAAGAUGAUUGGUCACAUCUUUGAGAUGAGUGACGAGGACCCUCACAAAGAGGAGGAGAUCAGGAAGUACAGUGCAAUAUAUGGCAGAUUUGACUCAAAAAGAAAGGAUGGCAAGCAUCUCACCCUCCACGAGCUAACAGUUAACGAAGCAGCCGCUCAGCUGUGUGUAAAAGAUAACGCCUUGUUGACCAGAAGAGACGAACUCUUCGCGCUAGCUCGGCAAAUCUCUCGAGAAGUUACAUACAAGUAUACUUACAGGACCACCAAAUCUAAAUGUGGUGAAAGGGAUGAGCUGUCACCAAAGAGAAUCAAGAUAGAGGAUGGUUAUCCUGAUUUCCAGGACACGGUCCAGACGCUCUAUCAGCAGGACAAAAUGCCUCCUGCUUUAGCUAAAGGAAAGAGUGAAGACUCAGCAGCUUCCCAGUCAGAAAAGGUGAUGGCAAAACAGAUGGAGUUUCUUUGCAACCAAGCUGCAUUAGAGAGACGUCUUUCCACAGGGUGUUACAGACAAAACUCCGAAGAGCACAGCCCCAAUGGCAUGUCAUUAGAUAAUGCUGAUGGACAAGGUGAAAGACCUCUGAAUCUCCGCAUGUCCAAUCUGCCGAGCAGGCAGUUGCAGCACAUGGCUCUGGAUGGAGAGCAGCACGUGGGAAAACCUCUGUGCAGCGAUUUGAUCCGGCUCUACCCCAGCGGGGAGGCCAAGUCCCAGUCCUCAGAAGGCCUUGGUAUUUUAAAGGAUUUUCCUCAUUCGGCUUUUAACAACAUAGAAAGGAAGGUCAUAAAAACAGAACCUGAAGACACAAGAUAG